AUGCCAGAUGUGAAUUUGCCAGGACCAUGUAUCAGAGAAUUGUGGCGAAUCCAACUUCAUGACAUGAUCAACAUUGACCGAAUCUUCUUUGUGAUCUCAGAAUUGCAAGAGAAAUCCAAUCAGAUGUACCGACCAUAUGUGGAAGUUUCGAGGAAUUGCUGCAGACAAAUUAAGAAGGGUUAUGAAAGAAUUUGCAGUCCCCAGUACUAUCUCUCUUUCACCAAUGGUGAUGAAGGGAAUAAACCACAGUUGGAAGAACGUGUUGUAGUCCAAAUGGACACAGAAAGUCCCAUAAUCUACCAGAAGACCUGUCUUGAUCAUUGUUUUGAUAAACCUUUACAACUCACUUUGAGGGAUCUGGAUAAAGUUGGGAAAAAUGGAAGAUCGAUAUGUGUCCCUGCUUUCUGCUUGGAGUUGCUAUUUGGUCCUGCUAAUGCAAAGCAGCCAUUAAGGAUUCCAUCUGAAGAUGAUGCUGAAUUUGAUAACUUGUUCUGA